CAUUGAUUCUGUUCGAGUUUUUGGAAAAAAAAUCUGUGAAUGAGAACUCUUUGGAAGCGGUGUUUUCGUCGAUGAGCAAAACCGUAGGUAUUUUGUGGAUUUUUAAGCACAUUGACUUUUUGCUUUGUUGUGAAUCAUCAUUGGAAACAUACCAACGUAACAACAACAGAGAUGUUUACAACCGUAUAAACUUAAGCUUAUGUUGUUCAUCAGAUGCUGUUUUUUCUCUAGGAAGACUAAAUUCCUUCAUCCAACACAACUAUGAGGUAACUAGUAAACAAAACACAAAAAAUUUAUGGUGCCGAGUUUGAUUUUUGUGGUUUUUACAGUUUAGGAAGCACAUGUUAUUAUUCCUCCUAUGACGUAUGGUGACAGUACUGUAUUUCCUCGAAUUAUACUCCCGGGAGGGGGGGGGGUACUGCCACAUAUGGGCUAUAUAGGUAUGUGCCGCUGUGAAGGGUAUGGUUUUCAAGCAGUUUACUCUAGGAUAGGGUAUAUAAAUCAGAGCGUUUGGGUCUAGAAUAGGGUAUCAUUUUUCAGGAAACUGAUCUGUUGGGUGAAGAUUUUAUCUAGACUAGGGAAACAGCUACUCUAGGAUAGGGGGGAUUUGGGGAGUUUACUCUAGUAUAGGGUAGCAAAAUUCAGCUGAACUAGCUCUAGUAUAGGUUAAGGGUUCCAGGGUCCCAGCGGCACAUCCCCACCCAGAAAUUCCUAAAGUACGCCCCCCCGGGAUUAUACUACUACAUGAGAAAUUUCUGCAAUUUGAUUGGCUUAGAGGAGUGGUAUUUCAGCUUAAUUUGAAAUACCUACAUGUGAAAAUUACAAACCUUUUGUGGGUAGUAGUAUAAACAAAUAAUAGCAUGAUUUGUAGUGACAUUUGGCAUAAAUGUGAUAUUUCAAAAUUGUCUCAAAUUUCUCUCACCUAACGGCUCGUGUAAUUUCAUAUAACAAUUAUUUUGAAAUAUCACCCGUGGUAUGCCAAAUAUCACUACAAAUCAUGCUAUUACCCAUACUAAUAGCCGGGGACAAUUAUUAUUAUUUUCGCAUCAAUAGGGGCCAGUUACUCGAGGGAGGCGAUUAUUACAAAUAUUGCUUACUGGAAGUCGUUCCCUACAUAUUUUGUAUUGUUAUCCCAUUAAAUAAAAAAAUUCACCUCAUCAAAUAAACUGACCAUAGGGUUUUAAGAAAUAGAAGAUAGCGAGGGGUCGGGGGUGGGGGGCGAUUAUUUUAAAUAUUUCCAUCGCAGUGGGGUGAUUAUUCAAGAGGGGUGAUUAAUCAAGGGAUGGCUAUUAUUGGAGGAAAUAUGAUAUGUUAUUGUUUUGUAGGACCCAGUGCCCUGUUGGACAUGAACCUGUGGAUUUAAGUGAUUCAAUAGAUUGUCCGGCUGUUGAAGAUGUUUUAUCAGAAAAUGAUAGCUCAUCACUUUGGCUGAUCAAAUUACCACAUGAUGUAAGUUAUGCAUGGCAUAGUUUUAAGCAUGCUACACUUUUUUUGAUUGUAAAUAACAAAAGGGACAUUAAGCAGAUGGGGGAAAAGUAGAUGCUCAGCUGGUCACUGCAGUCUAAGGACUUCAAGGGUACCUAUGUGACCUUUGAAAUGAAAACCACUUGAAAAUAUAUUUUUGUCAAUCAGCAAUACUGAUCUGCUUGUUUAGGGGUAUAGAAUGGUAAAUUUGAGACUUUGCAAGAGACCAAGACUUAAGCGUUUUUAUCAAUUCCAAGCCCGAGACUUUACUUCUAAAAAAUCCAAGCCCAAGACUCUAAUUUUGAGAUAAUGGUGUGAGAGCCAUGUUUCUUGAGGUACUAUUCUAUACGCCUUUGUUUGAACUGUUUGAUUGAGGGGAGUCUCUUUGAAAGUGGCAUGGAUUUGAAAGAUUGUGUUAUAGCAUUGAAAAUUGUAGUAAGAAAGCCAUCUUAUUCUACUUUAUUUAUUUAUUUACUUAUUUUAUUUAUUUAUUUGCUUUUAUUCAGUUUGAUGUCUCAAGUUUGUCUGGCCAAAAUGUUAUUUUAAAUGGCUCACAAGAUUUGCUCUAUGUUAGUGAAAAGGUAAAUAAGAUUCUGCCUCCAAUAAACACCUUGGUUAACAUCAGGUUAGAAAAUGUUUCUUUCCAAAAUAAUAUUUCUCAUUCUUUGAACUCCUUGUGGUGUUGGUAUUAUGAAGUGAAAUUUGCUGAUGAUCACUGCUAAGCCUUUAUGGAUAAAAAAUAAUGAAGUCCUUGUAUUUCUUUCUUUUUUUUUAUUUAUAGAAUAAAGACAAGAGAUAUGAAAUCCAGUCAAAAGAAGAUUCUGGUGCUGAGGUAAGAACAAUGAUCAACUUUUCAUCAAUCCUUCCUGCAACUGCUAUAAAAUUACUUAUAUAUUCCAGCACUUUGCUAUGUGGUCAAUUUUUAGCUAUACUGUCCCUUAGAUGAAUACCAUGUUCCCCUUUCUUCUGAAGUUUUGAAAUAUACCAGUCAGUUAUAAGCCCUCUGGUUAUUACUAGCAGUACAAACAGGCCUGAAGGGCUACCCCUUAGACUGGAUGAGUGACCCUCCUCCUCCACCCCGCCACCCAAAUGUCUUGAGAUCCAUUUUGGCCACUGGUCAUUAGCAAGGGUGGCACAGUGGUGAGAGCACUUGUCUCCCACUAAUGUGGCCCUGGUUCAAAUCCUGAUGUUGACACCUUAUGUGGGUAAAGUGCCUUCUUGGUUCUCUCCCUUGCUCCAAGAGGUUUUUCCCAGGGUACUCCAGUCUUCCCCUCUCCUGAACACUUCCAAAUUCCAAUUCGAUCUGGAAUGCACAGACAGGUUUCAACGAUUUCUUAUGAACUCCUAAAUGCUCCAUGCGUAAACAAAUUACAAUGUACAAUUUAUUAUUAUUAAUAUUAUUCAUUUUCAAAGUACUUACAGUAUACUGGCUUUUUUCAAAUCUCUUUUUAGUUAUCUUCUUUCUCUGUUGUUCUUCCAUCGUCACGCAAAAAGUCACUCCGUGCUGGUAAGAAAUUAUUUGAAUGACUGUCACUUAACAGACAUUACAGUAAUACAAUAACAACAUCAUUAAUGCUGUUACUACAAAAAAUCUGCUGAACAUGUUUCAUUGGAAUGGUUAUGCUAUAAUUAAAUCCUUUUUUGAGCGUUGACAGUUAAAUUUUAGGCCGUUUGAGGGGACCCUCCAAUAGAUAAGUACCACACGGAGGUAUGGCUGAAGAUGUUUCAUUUAAGUGGUAUUAACCCCAUAUGAUUUCAUCCACUGACUGAAAAGUUAGAAAUACGAACUAAAUUAAUGGUACCACUAAAAAGUAAUGCCAUUGUCCACAGUCUCAGAAGUUAGUGCAUAUCUGAUUUUGAAACUGUGAGGGGAAGGUUGCAUUCCUAGGCAUUCCAUCUUUGUGAGCCUUGUUGCAAAUUUACGAGUUCAUGUCACUUCUCCUUUCUGUUUUCAGUCAGCGCACUGCAUGGCCAGAUGAGUGUUAUUCAGUCAGUGUGUGUGCCACCAUCCACCCUGCCUGAUGACCCACUGACUGUCCAAAGACGGACUCACAAUGAAUAUAUCAAGAAGUGGAAACCAUUUGGAUAUAGUAUGUGUUUAGAAUUUGUAUAUGUUCAUAGAUAAAUUGUGUAGCAAAUGAACUGCAUGUACCUCAGUCAAGUGUGCCAUAUGAUUAUAAAACUGCGUAAACAGAAAAUCGAUGAAUGAAGGGGUUACCAGUUUCUACAGAAACUGUGGUUUGGGUUGGUGGUAUAGUCAAAUAAAGAGAUCUGGUGUUGUCAACAUAGUUGAUUGGCCACUGUAGCCUGUGAACAGGCUCGCUGUUUGGGGAAAAAAAUAGCGAGCAAACGGAAGUUCCCCGCUCGACCAAAGGCCUAUUCACAGGCUAGGCCAUUCAAGCUGUCAUCUCAAGCGCUGGCCCUUCGUUAGAGUAAAAAUCUCAACUAAAGGUGAGAAGGUUCUUAUUUGAUGGGUCCAUUAUAAACGUUAUGUAUGCUCAACUGUAGAAAAGAGAGGGAGACUGAGUCGAGUUAACUUUCGCAAAGACUUCUGGGACAAGAAAAAAAUUGGCCAGUAGCUGACAGGCGUGCCCCCUGUAACUAUCCCAGAAACAAUUGCGAGACGCAUUUCGGCUUCAGUUCUUUUCUGGUUUCUAAAGUAGGGAAUUGCUUGUUACUAGGGAAACCCCCGCAAAAGUUGGAAGAAAAGAGAGUUAAAAAAUCAUCAGAGCAUCCCGAAGAUGGUACUCCGGGAGUGCGAAAAAAGCACAAAGACAAAAGAUCGUCAAAUUUGGAAAGAACUGCAGUGGUGGAAAAUGAAUUGGAGGAAAAAAAGAAACGUGAUUCUCCGAAAACGAAGAAAAAAGACAAGGAGAGACAAGAGAUUGAUUUGUCGCGAGUGAAAACUGAACCAGGUCUGGACAAAACGAGAAAACGCAAAGGGGAUGAAAAUGGUGGAAGCGACGACGAUGGGCGUGGACUUGUGCCGGCUAAACAAAAGAGAGAGAAAAAUAGGGAAAGCGUUGUAGGUGAUGUAAUGGUGAAACGAGAAAGGGACGAGAGCGAUGAUGUGUUUGAAGGUGAUAAUGACUUUGAUUUAGCACGUGUGAAACGUGAACCCGGAGAAACACCCAAAAAAGCGAAAAAGCGAAAGAAACACAAAGCGGACUAGCAUGUAAAGAAAUAGAGUGAUAAAACGUCGAAUUGGCUUUCAUAUGAUGGAUUCAUUUGAAAGGUUGCUCUGCUUGGUACAUCUUGGAAUUGAUGACAAAUGUACUGAACGUUGACUGGCCUGAAUAGUUCCUCUGAAAAGCACCUGACAGAAACAUGUAUGAAGUGCUUCGCAACCCAAAUUGGAAUGACGAUAGCUUGUCACAACAUUUUUUAGUAUAAAGAACUGCAUUUCGGACGGGAAGUAGAUCAGUUACAUGUGUGAUAUCAUACGAUUUUGUACAUCUUCAGCCUGUAAGGUUAAAGACCUUAAAGCCAUCUUGCACAGCGUAGCAAACAGUACCGGCAUAGGAAAGUACUGCUGAAGAGGUUUCAUUUGAAUAGUCACGCUAUAUGAUUUCAUCCGCGAACUCAAAAUUUAGAACUUGUACUAAAUAAAUAGUACCAUGUGAAAGUACUGCUGAAGAGGUUUCAUUUGAAUGGUCACACCAUAGGAUUUCAUCCAGAGACUCAAAAAUUAGAACCACAAACUUAAUAAAUAGUGCCAUGUGAAAGUACUCCUGGAGAGGUUUCAUUUGAAUGGUCACAUCAUAGGAUUUCAUCCACAGACUCAAACGUUAAAACUACAUACUAAAUAAAUAGUACCAU